AUGGGGCCGCGGCACCUGCUGCUGCCGCUGCUCCUGCUGUCCCUGCAGCUCCUGGCCCUGCUGCUGCUGCUGCCCGCGCAGGCGGCCGGGCCCCCCCGCGCCAAGGGCAACCGGACCCAGGGGGCGGCGGCGCCGCGGCGGACCCCCAAGCCGGGCAAGGAGCUCCUGAACCAGACGCUGGCGGGCCCGGGGGCCGCCGCCCCCACGGCGCUGCCCGGGCGCGGCAAGGGCGCGGGGGGCGGCAAGGCAGCCCCCGGAGGCGGGGGCGGCGGCGGGGGCUCGGCCCCGGCGCACGAAACGUGCUGGGGGUACUACGACGUGAGCGGGCAGUGGGACAAGGAGUUCGAGUGCAACAACAGCCUGACGGGCUUCCGCUACUGCUGCGGCACCUGCUUCUACCGCUUCUGCUGCAACAAGCGCGCCGAGAAGCUCAACCAGAGCCUGUGCCGCAACUACAAGAGCCCCGAGUGGGCCCACCCCACCACGGCCAGCGGCGCCCUGCCCGCCGACGGCGGCGACGGAGGCGACGGGGACGCCAACAAGUACGACCCGGACAAGGACAGCACCAACGCCACCGUCUACAUCUCGUGCGGGGCCAUCGCCUUCGUGCUCAUCGCCGGCGUCUUUGCCAAGGUGGCCUACGACAAGGCGCGGCGCCCGCCCCGGGAGAUGAACAUUCACAGGGCUCUGGCCGACAUCCUAAGGCAGCAGGGACCAAUCCCAAUCGGACACUGUGAAAGAGAGACAAUCUCGGCCAUAGAUACCUCCCCCAAAGAAAACACCCCAGUCAGGAGCUCUUCCAAGAACCACUACACCCCCGUGCGCACCUCCAAGAGCAACCCAGGUCACUAUGGAAAGGAUAUUUAUCGCAGCGGAGGGCCAGAUCUCCACAAUUUCAUCUCCUCCGGGUUUGUCACGUUAGGAAGAGGACACACGAAGGAUGACCAAGAACAAAAUUAUAAUCACCUGAUACUAAACGGUGACAACCAGACACCUACACAUGACAAGCCACGAAUGAACAACAUCCUCACUUCAGCCACCGAGCCCUACGACCUGUCCUUCUCCCGCUCCUUCCAGAACCUCUCCCACCUCCCGCCCUCCUACGAGUCUGCUGUCAAGACCAACCCGAGUAAAUAUUCAUCUCUGAAGAGACUCACUGACAAAGAGGCUGACGAGUACUACAUGAGGAGGAGACACCUGCCCGACCUGGCAGCCCGGGGCACGCUGCCCAUCAACGUCAUCAAAAUGUCCCAGCAGGGCAACCACCGGGACAGGCCCCGCCGUCCCAUCAGGGCCAUGUCCCAGGACAGAGUGCUGUCCCCCGAGAGGAUCAUGCCCGAGGAGUUCAGCAUGUCCUACGAACGGAUUCUCUCAGACGAGCAGCUGCUGUCAGCAGAGCGCCUGCACUCCCAGGACCCGCUGCUGUCCCCGGAGCGGUCGGGCUACCCCGAGCAGUCCAUGUCGAGGGCAUUGUCACACACAGAUGUCUUUGUGUCAACACCGGUCUUGGAUCGCUACAGGAUGUCAAAAAUGCACUCCCAUCCCAGUGCCUCAAAUAACUUGUACAAUACCUUGAGUAUGAACCCGACCUCGGCCAAGCGCCAAGCGUUCGCCUCGCGCCGGCACAACACGGUGGAGCAGCUGCAUUACAUCCCCGGGCACCACCACCACUACCGCACCGCCAGCAAAACAGAGGUGACUGUUUGACACGACCCAGUGCAUUGUAGAUACUCCUUAAGGACUGGGGUGGCCACAGCACCCCGUUCUGCGGUGGCCUUAUAGGCCAAGAUAACCUCUACUAACUCAGUGUCUGCAAAGACUUCUCUGGCAGUCCCACCCACGUUGUUUUUAAAGCCACCCCUUCAUCAGUGACACAGGAAGAACUGAAGCAGCAGUCAGACACUAGUGAGGGAUAACAGAGGAAAUUUCCUGAUGUGCAUCAGUUUCUGUCAAAGAAAGCCAUAGUAAUCGAUGGCUCCUUCCAAGGGCUCACCUGCAUUAUCCCAUAGUUCCCACGAAUUCAGGACUUUUCAGUUGCUCCAAGGAGAAGCAGCCUGAGACAGGGAGGAGGAAAUGCAGCCCCCCCACCCUGGCAGAAAGGGGCCUCGCUCUUGGUCCUCGUGUUUGGCCUUUCUGUAGCAAGUAGGGAAGUCCUGGCUGCUGGGGCCAUCCCCAGGCUGCUCGACACCCUCAGCACCCACACAUCUGUUCUUUGUCACCCUUGGAGCAAAUUCAAGGGCAGACUUUCCUUCGGGACUGGCAGAUCUAGGGACAGGAAUAGCCUGGCUGAGAAAUAAAGUUUUAGUUUAUACUAAAUAUACUCAUAAGAUAAAAACAUACUAGUGCCUACAAAUCGCCUGCUCUCUCAGUGUAGGAAGUAGUGGGGUUGAUGUGUUCAAUAAGCACAAAUAUGCUGAAAUGCUUGUUAGACCCUUUUCUCCACUCAUUCUAGUAUCUUGGUGUCUCCAACAUGUAAAUAGGAAGGAGGAAGAGGGUUUCUCUUCCUCCAGCUUCUCGCCACUGCUGAACCUAAAGCACCAGAACCCGUUCAGCUCCACACUGCUGACCUGUGCUGGGGGAGGUCCCGACCCCACCGAGACCCCCGCGAGGCCAGGCUCCACGCCUGUCACCGAGCCUGGAUUUCUCCCCAGAGAUUUCUUUUCCUGAUAGCAUUUUCCAUGGCCCAGUUCCCCUGUUUCUGAACGUUUUCUCCUCCCAUUUACAGCCUAGAACUCCAUAUGUAGCAAAUCUUUUUGCAGCCCUUAGCAGAGGCACAAGGCUGAGGGUGUGUGUUUAGCGAAAAGCAGGUCGGUAACUUUCCGUGGUUUUCUCUCCCUGCAAUGGCCUCCCAAGAAAACCUUCCAAAUUCCAAUUCCACUGAGUCCUAAUCCUAACCAUGAAGACAGUUACAUUUCAUGCAUAUAAAUUAUAUAUCCAGCAUAAUUAUAAUUAAUGGGCAUGUUGUAUAUCUGAUAUAACGCUAAUUAGAUACUGUAUAUUUGUAAAAUCUUUAAAACAUAGACUCGUGGGUCCAGAAUUUGCGAGGGUUUUACCUUUGGCUUUCCAGACAGAUUGGGCUUUGCUUUGGUUUUUUUUGUUAGAUUUGGGUUUGGUUUUUCUUUUCUUUCUUUUAUUUACCCCUUUUAUUUAUUAUUGUGUUCCUACCAAAUUCUGUAGAACUAACUCCCACUGGAACACACUUCUGUGGUCAGGAAAGGGUCUCAGAGGGUUUGAAGGUCAGCCAGAUCUGAUGCUGGAGCUGUGGGUGCUGGAGACUGACCCCAGUGUGCCCUCAAGGCCCCAGCACAUGCACACCCACCGUGGGUGAGGGCAGGCACACUCCCUGCUCGGGGUGAGGUGAAAACUGACUUCAGGCUGUGAGCACAUCCCUUGCACUUCUCUUUGUCCCCACACCAACUCUUUUCCUACAUGGCUCUUCAUUAGGCAUCCCUGAACUCUGCUCUGCCCUCCUCCCUCCCCUCAAAUACCUCCCACCUCCUGGCCUUAAUGACAUUCCCAGCCCAACUGUGCCAAGUCCUGUAGCAAACAAUGAUCGUGGGGUGUGAGUCUCCUGUGGAGGCUUUGGUGCAGCACCAGGUUUGUCUGGUGCAGGGCAGGCAGGAGGAGCAGGUCCUUACCCCAGUGGGACUUACAGGUGGGCCUCAGUGGGGUGUCCAGGUGGCCUUUCUCUUUCCCAGGCUGUCCUGGAGCUGGUUCUAUUUCCAGAGCUUUAUCCUACCCCACCUGAUGGAGACUGUGUUGAGAAGGACUCCAUCAGCCAGAGGUUACUGGGGCUUUGUUUGACGGAAACUGAGCUGGGAGGGAAUCAAUAAAUAAAGAAUAGUCUCCAGGGUCAGAUCCUGCAGCCUUGGGCAAAAUCACUCUGGGCAACAACCAGAACUGUCUGUGGAUCAGGGUGGCAGUCCAUGGCACGGGAGGGAUGGGAGAGAACAGGCUCACAGCUUGUCUCCUGCCCCCUCCCUUGAUGGGCACUACUCUCCCCUGACUACCUCCAAGCUCCUCGGCUCAGUCCCUAGAUUUUUCCUCCCGGAAGACAAUCCCUGUGAAAACAUUGCCCUGCCGACCUUCCCACAGGCCAGAGCGUGGGACUCGUGUGAAGAGAAGAGGAACUCUCACGGAUGAUGGGGAGGCAGCCCCUGCUGAGGUUCUGGGGCUCUUCCACUCUCUCUUGGCUCAAACAAAGCCAGGGAGAUCUGAACACUGUGGGGAGCAGAGUCCACUGUAGAGCCUCCAGGAGCUGUGGUGGCAGAGUUGGAGAAGAGGUGACGGUGGGAGGCUGUGGGUAGGUGAACACUCCUCUCUUUCCAUGUCCAUAGCUGUCUGUCUCAAGCUCUAGUCCUCAUCUAAAUGUUCUAUUUGUGAGCUAAGAUGUUGCUGGACCAGAUACAAAUUUGGAAAUUUUUCAUUCAAACAGCCUGUGCUGAUGCUGAGCUGGGCCAUUUGACCUCUGUGUCUUCCCCUUUUCUGGCUAACAAAUAUCACAGGCCCUCUGCUGACGUGUCUUACCUGGGCAAGAUUCCUCCAGAGAAAUCUCAGCCUCAUUUCCUUGUCUUUUUUCCACCCACUCAACUGUUUCAAGCAGAUGUGUCCCACAAGGAGCCUUUUUAGGCCAAAUCUCUUCAGGGACUCUGCCACCACCACAGAAAAUUUUCAGCAAAUUUCCUCGGGAAGGAACCGUGCCCUGGAUACCUCCAUGCAUUCCCACAGCUCACUCUGUGUGCUGGAAUGGGUUGGUGGAUGGGGCAGUGGCACUUCAGCACAAACAGGUGUCCCUAGGUAAUUUUUCUCCCUUAUUCCUCCUUCUGAGAAUUUGUCACUGAAAGAACACUUGGUCUGGGACCGAGUGUCAUGACCCACAGCCUGGUCUCCAGCACUUCAGUUCCCCGUGGUCAUCAUGUGAUGAUAAUGGGAAUUUCCAGCUCUGUGGAGGGAUCAGACCGCAAGGUCUGUGACGUGCUUUGAGACCCUCUCACAACAAGAACUGUAGAGCAGCAAAGUGUUUUUGUUUAUCUUGUUUGUCAUUGUCCUGACACAUGAUGUCUGAUGUGCCACAGUCCACCCUGCCCAGGAGGGGAGUGCUGGGCUGGGAUUGCCCAGAUUCCCACUGCUCUCCUCCUGGUCAGGGUCCUGGCAGGCUGCAGCUCCAAGGGAUGCUGCUCCCUGCCCUGGACCCUCCUGCUUCCUUCUCCUCGUGUCUGAGUCACCACAACAUCCUGCACUCAGGAGAAAAGAGGGAAGCAGCCACAUUCCUCUGUACAGAAAAAUAUAACCUGCCUUGAUUAAUCUCAUAUACUCUGAAGAAUUGAUCUGUAUUUUCUCCACCCACAGGUGCAAACAAACACCUCGGGAGUGUCCAAUUCCCAGAGUGCAUGUGCAGGGACUGGGGAAGGGGGAUGUAGAAAAGUUUAUAGUAUUUCCUACAAGCUGAUAAUUAUUUUCAUUCCCUGAGCAGCAACACGUCCUGGAUGGCUGCACUGGGUUUUAUACAAUUCUCUGUGUAUGUGUAUAUAGAUACAAAUACAUAUAUAUAUAUACAUACAUACUGUAAAAUGCAAUCAACACGUUCUGACUGACCCUGUACCAACCGAAGCUUCCAAACUGUGUUGAAUCAUUCUUUGAAAUGUGGAAAACUAUUUUUAAUGAACCACACACAGCACCACAUGGAACAGAAACUUUGUCAUAAAAAGCCUUCUAAUGCCAGUGAAUCAUGUUUUAACGAAAAAAAAAAAAGAAAUAUUUUUCAAUGUU